AUGGCAUACCCGUCUCCUGAACCCGAAGACACCAGACCAGAAGAACACCAUACACGCGUUAUCCUACUCCCUAUCUCCACAUCAGCCGUGGAAUCUUUGAGACUCCCUGGAAAUCGAGAUUUUGUUGGACCGAUUCCAUUAACCGGGCUGCCCAUUGACCCAUCAGUCACACGUGGGAAAGAUAAAGUGCUCGCAUUCCGGCUAUACGAAAAUCUAGAUCGUCCAUACUUCGUCAUCGGAAGUGAUAAAUCGUGCCAAAUACAACUUCAGACUACAACGGAUGAAUGUUGGGUUAAUAUACGACAUUGCCUGUUUAUUACGAUACCCGAUGAUAAAGACGAUGCAAUUCUUCUUCGCAAUUCAUCCACCUCUCGCUUUGUCCUCCGGGAUAUUCGCCAUAGGAAAGAGGAUGGGGAGGAGAUAUUACCUGGCGAUCGACUGAGGAUACGACCUGGCCUUAUGCAUGUAACUUUUGGAGCUGGUCUCGAGUUUUUACUUAAGGUCCUGCCUAGUAGUAUCUCGAAUACCCGCUCUCCAGUGUCUUCCGGUAUUUGCGAGUUGCUGAGCGGACCGACAACUACGGCCAAAUCGACCACCCUUCGGCGAAAGAAAACAGCCAACAGAGAUCUAACCGAUACUCUUCACUCAAACAAACGGAUCAAAUCUGAGAAUUUUCUUAUAAAAACUGUCCAGUAUGAAGCACGGCCCACAAAGCUGGAUCUUGUUGCUGAGACUGGAUUAACACACGUUUUUAAGCUCCAACGGUGUGGACGUGUUGUUGCAGCGAAGGUGUGCAGAAAGCCAGAUAUAGAGGAUGCGGUGUAUAUGUGGGAAAAUGAGAGGAAAGUUUUGCAGUCCUUGAAACAUCGUAACAUUGCACAGCUCCUCGAUUUUCAGGCUACUAACCUUACCCUAUUCCUUGAAUAUAUUGAGGGAUUGGAUCUUUCCCAGUACGCUGAUGGUGACAGAUUCUCAAUAAUCAAGGAGGAGAUGCAACUACGAGUCUGGAUAGACAUCAGUAGUGCCCUCAAGUAUAUUCAUGAAAAGGGAAUUAUACAUCAUGAUAUAAAACCUAAUAAUAUUAUACUUGGAGACCAUAAAAGAGGAGCUGUUCUCUGUGAUUUUGGGCUUUCUACCCUUGAGCAUCGCUAUAGCGAUGGAGGGUCAACUUCCUAUAUUCCGCCCGAAUUACUCCUAAAACAGAGGGGUAAACCAAGCGACAUAUGGGCUUUUGGCAUUACCAUGCUCUUUGUUUUUAGGCACAUACAGCUACCUUCUAACGGUUGGCCUAUUCGAAGGAUCACGGAGGAUUUAAAAGUCCGGAAGAAAUUCAUGGAUUGGUGGGAUCGCAUUGAUACCUUACGAAAGAAACUUCCUCGACGAAUGACUGCUCUUCGGCAAAUGCUGACUCCUGAUCCUCAACGCCGGAUUUCAGCUUCUGCCCUGUACGACGCCUUGAAUAAACAGAGAAUAGCAACUGCAACAGAAACAACAACGACGACAACAGCAAAGAAGAUUAAAAUGAAGAAGUCCUAUGUUCUUAAGCGCUGA